ACAAAUUUCAGAAAAUUUUAUCAGUAUUUUUCACAGGUAAACAGAAAAAUCACUGCAAAUUUUAGGGGAAUUCGUACGACGAUUCUCUUAUAAAUGUUCUUAUGCCAGUAAAAAAUACUGAAAUGGAAGAAACGGCAAAUUUACUUUUCGUGUGGAAUAGAAAUGAUAACGAAAUAAUGGAGGAUUUUUCUCAAUGAUGAUCUUCUCUUAUAGCUUUUGAAUGGUUUAUAGAAGUGUUCCAAAAUGUAUUCUCUUCACCAGACAUUGUAAACAGAUUUUUCGGUCAAGAAGAGGAGACGAAUUCAUUGGCUUACCGAUGACCUUGUCUGCAGCAUUGUUACUUACUAUGUAUGUAUUCAAAAUUAUUGAAAUAAUUAAUUCAUUUAACUCUAUCUUUGUUGUUCCAGCAUAAAGUUUCCCUGGAUGCAGCAACACUGCGUAUGUGCUUACACAGUGUUAAGGAUGGCGCUGCUGGCGAUUCAUUAUAUGCUAAAAAUUUAGCCUUAGCUCUGUACGGAGAAGAAGAGUUAAGGAACUCAUCGGUCACAGGCAAGGCCUUUAAGAAUAGUAAAGAGGCAAAACCCAAACCGAAGCUGGACGCCAGACAAUAUGCUCUUCUGAAAAGUUUGUAUGAGAAGAGAGUCAAAUCCAGUACCGUCGAAGGAGAUGCCAGUGAAGAGACUCGUCUGAACCGAUUAAACGUAUACAUCGCAGAUAAAAUCCAAAAAUUGUGCCAAAAGUCUAAGAGGAAAUCUUAAGUUGUACGUAAAGACCUGUAAAUAGUAUUUAUUAUCAUUCAUUUUAAUUCUAGAUUUUUUGUGUGCAAAUACAAUCUAUGAUUUU